CUCAGCUGAACGUUCCUUCCGGCUUCCUGCUUGUUUGACGUCACGGUGUCCACGUGGGAGAGGGAGGAGCAGGUCAGCAGAAGGCAAUGUUAUCCUUAUGCAGAAAGACUGGCUCUCACUGGCUAUAAGGCUAUAGCUUCAGGGCUAUGACAUCCCUCAAGAACUGGUACUGAAAAGCAAAGAGGGAAACGCAUAACAAAGAAGAUUUGUUGGAAAACAAUGGCUGAGAUACAAGAAACGGGGGGCAACGGAUUGCUGGAUCCAGAAUUUAAAAUGGAGGUGCAGGAUUCAAUAGGACCUGAAGCAGAAGAGGUCAAAGAUGGAGUCGCUUUCUCAAAAAUGGGAAGCAGUGGAGAAGAAGCAGAAAUAAGGGUAAAACAGGAACCAGAAGAAGAGCCAAUAAGGACUUGGGAUGCUCAGUUGGAAGUAUUUCUGAAGACAAUACAAUCUCCUUGUUUGGGAGGGGAAACCCAGCAACAACCUGACCUUCAGGUUCCUCGACAGAUCACAGGGAUGUCCAAAGAGGAGUCUAUAAAUCCGUCCAAGAUGAAGGAGGAUCCAGUGAAGACUGAGGAUGAAGAUACUGGGAAUGAAAAUGUGUUGGCAGCUGAUGCACAGCCGACCGAAAAGGAGGAGCAAAACCCCCUCCUUAAGAGUACCGAGGAAAUGGAGCAACUGGUUACAUCUGUGAAAAUUGAGGAUCCGUUUCUUCCAGCACAAGGUGUGUACAAAAGUGAAUCCUCCACCUGGAAUGAGGGGAAUGAAGCCAAAUUUGAUGAACACUGGGAACUUUCUUCUCAUAGCUUUGACCUUAUUAGAAAGCAUGAAGAUCUUGAUGUGGAGGAGAAGCAAUACAAAUGUUGGAACUGUGGAGAGAGCUUCAGCAGCAGCUCAGACCUUCUGAUUCACGAGAGAACCCAUGUAGGUGAGAAAGUGUAUAAAUGCUCCCAGUGUGGAGAAUAUGAGAGGACCCACAAAGGUCAGAUGCCACACAGGUGUUCCCACUGUGGAAAUACAUUUGGGAGGAACACACAAGGCAAAACGCAAGUAGGAGAGAAGCCCCGUGCAUCUUCAAGAUGCGUGGAAAUAUGCAGUCAGGGAUUAGACCUUCUAAAGCAUGAAGGUGAGCUCCCAUGUAAAUGUUUAGUCUGUGGGGAGAUAUUUAGAAAUGACUCGUCUCUCAAAGUGCACCAGAGACUCCACACAGGAAAGAAACCAUAUAUAUGUCUGGACUGUGGGGAGUCUUUCAGCAGGAUUUCACGCUUAAUUGCACAUGAGAGAAUCCACACAGAAGUAUGCACCUACUGUGGGAAAAGUUUCAGUCAGAAAACAGAACUUGCUGAACAUGAGAAGACCCAUGAAGCAAAAUACACAUUUGUAUGUUUUGCUUGUGGGAAAGUCUUUUAUGUCAGUUCAGAGCUAGCUGCACACAUGCAAACUCACAAAGCAAAACCUUUUGAAUGCGCAGACUGUGGGAAGACGUUUGAGAACAGUUUGCAACACACUGCACACCAGAAGAUCCAUCAAGUCAAGAAGCAGCAUAAAUGUCCCCACUGUGGGAAAUGUUUUCCCCAGAGACGGAGCCUUAAUAUCCACAAGAAAACCCAUGCAGGAGAAAAAGCGCACAAGUGCUUAAUGUGCGGGAAAAACUUCAGAAACUCCCCGAAUCCUAAAUGUCAUGGGAAGAGCCACACAGGAAGGAAGCUAUAUAAAUGCUCCCACUGUGACAGGACCUUCAGGUGGAGGUCCGACCUUGCAUUACAUGAGUUAAUUCACACAGAAGAAAAGCCCUUUAAAUGCUCCGAUUGUGGGGAAUGUUUUCAUCAGCGAUCCAGUCUUCUCGAACAUUUGAAAAGCCACACAGGACCAAGUCCCUUGACCUGCUCAUACUGUGGGAAAAUGUUCACCUCAAACUCUGUUCUUCUACGACAUCAGAAGCUCCAUGUCGUGGAGGAAGUUUGUACCUGUUCACAGUGUGGGAAAACAUUCCAGCAGCAAGCAGGCCAAGCAGAAGAGGAGGCGCGGAAAUGUCCUGAAUGCACCUGAAGCCAUGACCUGAGUUCAGAUCUUGUAUGUCUGCAAACAUAUGCAGAGAAAAAAAGAAUUUGAUUGCUUUGAGGGGGGAAAUUUGAGGAACAACUCAUACCUCAUUUCACAUUAGAGCAGCGUUUCUCAACCUGGGAGUUGAGAAACCUGGGCGGAGUCAUGAGGAGGUUUCAGAGAGGUCACCAAAGACCAUCAGAAAACAUAUAUUUCUAAUGGUCUUAGGAACUCCUUUGGCAGAGAAGGCUGAAGAUCUCUCCACCUGUCCGUCCCUUCCUUUUUGGAAAGAGAUGGUGAAUCCCUCCACCAAAAUCCCUCCAUCACUGUGAUUGACUGGCCUCAGGGCUGUUUCUGAGACUCCAAACAGGGGAGAGCAGGUGUGCUCGGUGCACAUGUGCAGGUGAGGGACAGUCUGCGAGGCUGACGCCAGUGAGUCCCUUCAAGACAUGGGGAUUCUGUAUGCUGCGACCCCUUAAUGGGCUUCCUUACAUUGUCGUUUCUAGAAGUUAGGCAAUCCUUUUUGUAUUUGAAAGAGAGCAAAAAUCUACAUUUGUUUAGCUUUGUUCCAGGUCCGCCACUAUGUUAUUUCCAUUUCCCCAGACCAUGUAAGGGUCACAACCAGUGCCAGGCAUGUGAGAGGCAGCAUUCACAUUCACACUUGCCUUUCUGCAUGCAGAAUUGCUCUUGCAGAUGGGGCAUACACUUUGCACUCGUUACUUUGAGCAGAUGAGACAAUUUUUAAAGUCUCCAUGGCACGGCAUUAAGGUCACAUUUAGAAAAGAGGGGUUCCCACUCAGUUCCCGCUCAAGAGGUGUCUCUUUCGCUCAGGUGACACUGCCCCACAAGUUUGGAAUGGGUUAAAUAUAGGGAAAGGGGACAAAGCACAAUGGUAAUCUUAAAAGGAUGGAAGCGGAGUCUCCAGACAAUCCCCAAAGGGCCUAGACAUGUGGUUCUCAACCUUCUU